UGAAAACGAGCACAUCGUUCAGUCAGCUGACCUGUCUUGUGAUAGCAGCCAGGCUCGACUCUGAAGCUUGACUCGCUGUUAUAGAGUGAAUUUACUGCGAUACGUUGCACAUCUCUUAUUGAGUGUCUUUACUUGAAGAACUAUUCAAAAUGACGAGCCAAGGGUUGUCAAAAAUUAGUAAUGAGGAGAGGGAAUCCAAAUUUGGAUAUGUAUAUGCUGUAUCUGGUCCUGUGGUCACUGCUGAAAAGAUGUCUGGAUCAGCUAUGUAUGAGCUGGUCAGAGUAGGAUAUUAUGAGUUGGUGGGAGAAAUCAUUCGUUUGGAAGGUGAUAUGGCUACCAUUCAGGUAUAUGAAGAAACUAAUGGUGUAACUGUUGGAGAUCCUGUGUUACGAACUGGUAAACCAUUGUCUGUAGAACUGGGACCUGGUAUUCUUGGUAGCAUUUUUGAUGGUAUCCAGAGACCACUGAAGGACAUCAAUGAGCUUACCAACUCCAUUUACAUCCCAAAGGGUAUCAAUGUGCCAGCAUUAUCCAGAUCUAUAGCUUGGGAAUUUAAUCCAACUAAUAUAAAAAAUGGUAGUCAUAUCACUGGUGGAGAUCUGUUCGGCAUAGUUUAUGAGAACACACUAGUGAAGCAUAGGAUGAUUUUGCCUCCAAGGAGCAAGGGAACUGUAACUUAUGUAGCUCCUGCUGGAAACUAUACAGUUACAGAUGUUGUAUUAGAAACGGAAUUCGAUGGCGAAAAGCAGAAGUAUACUAUGCUUCAGGUAUGGCCGGUACGUCAACCUCGUCCUGUUACUGAAAAGUUGCCAGCCAACCAUCCUCUGCUUACUGGCCAAAGAGUCUUGGACUCCCUCUUCCCAUGUGUCCAAGGUGGAACAACGGCAAUCCCAGGUGCCUUCGGUUGCGGUAAAACUGUAAUUUCGCAAGCUUUGUCCAAAUAUUCCAACUCCGAUGUAAUUAUUUACGUCGGUUGCGGAGAACGUGGUAACGAAAUGUCUGAAGUACUACGUGACUUCCCCGAACUAACUGUAGAAAUUGACGGUGUCACCGAGUCUAUCAUGAAGCGUACUGCUUUGGUUGCUAAUACUUCAAACAUGCCUGUGGCUGCUCGUGAGGCAUCCAUCUAUACCGGUAUCACUCUAUCAGAAUACUUCAGAGAUAUGGGUUACAACGUUUCUAUGAUGGCUGAUUCAACAUCUCGUUGGGCUGAGGCUCUUCGUGAAAUUUCUGGUCGGUUGGCUGAAAUGCCUGCGGAUUCCGGUUAUCCUGCUUAUCUUGGUGCUCGUCUAGCUAGCUUCUACGAACGUGCAGGAAGAGUAAAGUGCUUAGGUAAUCCCGAUCGUGAAGGUUCCGUUAGUAUCGUAGGUGCUGUAUCACCGCCAGGUGGUGACUUCUCCGAUCCUGUUACUAGUGCCACCCUUGGUAUCGUGCAGGUGUUCUGGGGUCUUGAUAAAAAACUUGCACAGCGUAAGCACUUCCCAUCCAUCAACUGGCUUAUAUCGUACAGUAAAUAUCUGCGAGCGUUAGACGAUUUCUAUGACAAGAACUUCCAAGAGUUUGUUCCUCUGAGAACGAAAGUAAAAGAGAUUCUGCAAGAAGAGGAGGAUUUGUCCGAGAUUGUACAGUUAGUUGGUAAAGCUUCCCUCGCUGAGACAGACAAAAUUACGUUGGAGGUUGCGAAACUGCUGAAAGACGAUUUCUUACAACAGAACAGUUAUUCGUCAUAUGAUCGUUUCUGUCCAUUUUAUAAAACUGUGGGAAUGUUGCGAAACAUGAUCGCUUUCUAUGAUAUGGCGAGGCAUGCAGUGGAGUCCACAGCGCAAUCUGACAAUAAAAUAACGUGGAAUGUUAUCAGAGAUAGCAUGGGUAACAUUUUGUACCAAUUGAGUUCCAUGAAAUUCAAGGACCCGGUAAAAGAUGGCGAAGGGAAAAUUAGAGCUGACUUCGAUCAGUUACACGAAGAUAUCCAACAGGCGUUUAGAAAUCUGGAAGAUUAAUUAUCAGAUGCAUUCAUAUGAAUAUAAUUUCUCCAUGUAAACGUUCAGGAAUCUUAUGCUGGUCAUUUAAGGAAGUCCUGAAUAUCCUGGAGAGGAGUUUAUGUAUAACAGGCAUUCAUAAUCACGUAUCGCACAUAAAGCUAUUACAUUAGUUUCAAUAGUUUAAAAAAAAAACAAUUGUACAUAAAGAGUUACAAAUAUAAAAUCUGCUAUAACUGUACGUGUAUUAACUAAUAUUUAACAGAAGAUAAUGUGUGAUGGCUAAAAGAAUAAAAUAGGACGACCUUAAAUGCGUUUCCAGCUGCUACACAUAUGUUAACUGCUAUAAUAAGUUCUGAACUUUGGAAUGAAAUUCUAUGUAAUUAAUUUGAAUUGAUAGGAAAAAUAAGUUUCCUGGAAAAUAAUCAAGCUUCCGGUCAAUUUAUUUGGCCAAAAUCGAAAUAACUAGGAAAAGCUUUCAACAGAGGAACGUUUGUAUGUAUGUAAGAGUAAAAGCAUCGUAAGAAGCUUUCCAUUCAUCCUUAUACGUUGUUUUUCCUAGGAAAAAAAAACAGUUAACGGUCAACUAUAUUUUUGUUGUGGUAUGGGAUGAUAUGGUAGCUUUUUACAAAGAACGGAACUUCGAUUAAAGAGUAUUAAAUAUUGUAUUAUAAUAGUGUAUUAUGUAAACGUGUUAAGCGACGAAUGCAGACGUUACAUAAAAGUAGAUGUUAUUUUAAACGUUAAAACGUUGUAAAAUGGUCUGAAAGUUUAAUAAAAGUGUCAAAAUGUUAAACUGUUAAGGUGCAGGGUCUUUUAUCGUUAAAAGAAAGUACAGAAAAAGAUGCAUCUCAAACAGUGUUCCAAUAACUUCUCGACAUUUCCAUUGUACCAUAUGUAAAAACGAAUAAAGACUAUGCAUUAAAAAAA